AUGGCUUUAGCGGGACGUCCUGAUUUUUUUCGAAGGCACCCCUUCCUUCAACGACUCUCUGUUCGCGGAAAAAAUAUUCCAGUAGAAUGGGUUGAAUCUAUUACUCAUCACUGUCCUGAGCUAAACUAUCUACAUCUUUUUCUAAAUGACCCGAACGAAGGAUUUUUGGACUCGUUGGUGCAGCUGAGAAAGCUUAAGUGCCUUGAAUUAAGAGGACAAGUGGAUAGGAAAAUUCUUCGUGGAGCUAUAAACUCGCUCGAAUCUGUUGAAUUGAAUGUGCGGUAUUCUCGAGUUCUGCUCGAGAACUUUUUUGAAGUUGUGCCACGAUUGAGUCGUUUGAAAUGUUGUUACAACAUAUCUUACGAUGAAGCACAGUUCAUCUGCGAGAAGUUUGCUUGUCUUCGAAGCUUAAAACUAACCAUCCCUUCGUCAGCAGCAGACGAUUCUGUACGAAUCGAUAAAUUGAUGCACUUGCAGGAACUUAAAUUAUCGUCCUCUUGUAACAUUCGUUCCAUUCAUCGCAACAACGUUCGGUGCUUGACAGUACUUCUUAGUAAG